GCAGUACUUAAUGUCUGCUCAGGCCUGCUAGAAACUCGGCAUUUUGUUGCUUGUUUCCUGUAGCCUUGCCUAAGCUAAGCGUCCCUUCUUUUGGUAGAUCGUGCAGCUGAUAGCUUCACACCACACUCCUUAUUACUGGCAAACCCAUCGUCAAUCGUUCUUGCAAUCAUGACCAAGUCGGUUCUCCCAGCGUUGGCGCUGCUCAUGCUCGCCACGCCCGCCCUAUCGGCAUGCGGCACCUACACCUACGGCACCUGCGCUGACGGGAUCGUGCACUGGUUCGACCCCAACACGGGCGAGAUUUGUGAUCCGCUCAACUGCGGCGGCGACCGUGCAGGCCCCCUAAGGACCGACGUCCCCGGAUGCCCCGCCUACAAAGGCACCCUCACGCGCCCGACAGAACCCUCCUACAUGCCCUGCUGGACCGGAUUCAGUUCUACCGCCGCCGCCACCACUACUGCGGCCACAACAACAACAACCGUCGUCUCCUCCCACUCCUCGGCAGCGCCAUCAGCGAGCUCGGGAUCGGGGCAAAGCCAAGUUGGCUCAACCACCGCGGGAACGGGCGCCUCGUCCACCGCGCCAGCCGAUGCUCCGUCGCCAACCGCUAGUAGUACCACCAUGCUGACCACCACGGCUCCGACAUCGACGUCCCCUGCGGACACUGGUACCGGUGCGGCGGGUGCCAGCAGCACAACUGUGUCAACGGGCGCCGGAAGUGUCAUGAGCGGCUCGUGGAUCGCUGUUGUCGCCGGGGUCGGUCUAGGGGCUCUCGCCAUUUUCUGAUUCUGAGGUUUACGUGACCUCCUCGAUAGCAUUUCCGUUGUUUGUUGCCUUGUACUUUCUAUCAAGAUAUAGAUCGUUGCAUAGAAGUGGCACUUAUGAGCCGUACGAUACUGUUUUUGGGUCAGUAGGAGGGUAUGAUGGAUUGUAUGAGGAACAAUGUCAAGAAUGCCUGGCGAUGGUGGGGCUCCUCUGCUGCAUUGCCCAAGUGCGUCGAGACGAUCUCGGGAACAUAGUCCCUGAGAACGUUGAUCUGUUUGUUAUUAGCUUCCAAAAGCUGCGAGUAGGUGCCAUGA